CAUUCAUUGUCAGGUUUUCCCUCACGCCAGAAUGUAGACCCGGAGUGUGUGUUUAUUUUUGCUUCCUCGAUAAAUUUUAAGGAAAAAUAGUCUGAAAAAUUAAGGGAAAUUUAAAAUUUCCAGGUUUGAGUUAGUUGAAACCGUCACAAGUCGACGGCUGAAGGUGUACCAAAUUCCAGUUAAAGUUCGCACAAAGAGCGUACGAAAAACCUUGACCGAAACUUUUGCAAGGCUUUUGCGAGGCAGUGAAAAUGCGUUUGAUCGAUAAAGUUAGGCAAAUGGUGCUGGUGCCCGUUUCGCCCAAGUACCUCCGGAUCUCCUCCAUCCUGAUUGCCAUCUACAAAGUGCUCGUCGCCCAUGUUCUGCUGUUUAUCAUGCUGCUCGGGUUGGCCCACGCCGAGGAGAUGAGCACCAUUCUGGGGGCGGACAUUGCCGACCAGAAGGAACGCGAGGAGUAUGUUUACAUUCCGACCAAUGCCAAAGGCGAAACCAUGAACCAGAUGCGCUUCAAGUCGGCGGCCAACCUGGCGUCCGUGACUCUGUGCAUGCUCUACAUCGGCACCACUCUGGCGACCAUCUACGUCCUGAGCUGCCUAGGCCUGCUCAUCGGAACGCUCCGCAACCGGCACGAGUUCUUCAUCCCGUGGAUGGUGGUGGACUUUUUCGGCACGCUCAUCUCCGCCUCCGUCAUGAUCGCCGUCGGGUACAACAAGAUGGCCUACUGCGUGAUCGGCAAGUGGCAGUACUGGGGAUUCUGUGCCGUGAUGGUGGCGUUCAACGUCGUCGUCUGGCUGGUCGUUCGAAUGUUCUACAAGAAUCUGGUGCACAUGACCAAGCUGCGCGAGGUGGCCGUCGUGGCCAUUCCGUACCCAUCGCCGGGAACCGCCACCGGUGCGACCGCGGCGGCCAAUGGAGGCAAAAAUCCGUCUUCGGCCGUUCCGUACCAUUACCGGCGCGAGAAUAUGCACCUCAGCGAUGGUGGCCUGAAGCACAUGCUGCUCGAUUCCAACGAGGCCAACUAUCUGGUCUAAGAGGGGUUCGUUGCGGUGGAUGGAACACACACAAUACUUUCCCCAUGCUAAUGCGGCAGUGAUAUGAAGAUGAUGAUAACCAUUUGAAAUUAAAAGCUUUGCUAAAAUAAUAACGCUUAAAUCGGAAGUGAUCGGUAUGAAGGUAUUAUAACUUGGUA